AUGGCUUCAAAUGAACCUACGAUUGACCAGUGUGGUCAAAUACCUGUAAGAGUGAAAGGAAACUCGCAGUGCUCUUUCCACAAAAACAAGGAAGUCAUUCUACAUUGCUUGGAUUGCGACAUUUUAAUAUGUCUUUCUUGCAGUAUCUCGAUACAUAAUGGUCACAAACUUGCAGAAAUUGAAAACAUAAUUCCGCUAAAGAGAGAUGUACUUAUGGAUUUCGUGAACGAUACUGAAAAUAACAAGCUUGUUCAAAUUCGGGAUGAAAUAAAGUUAAUUGACGAUAAAAUCGCAGAAAAUGACACCAGAUUUGUUGAACUUGGUCAGCUGAUGAUGCAGCAAGCGGAAAGCUGUAAAAGUAAGCUUGACGUUCUGACGGGCGAGUUUGUCUCCCUCUGUGAUAAGAUGGAAAUGGAAAACCGAAAAUUGCUUCUAACCUUCAAACGUGAGCUUAAACAGCGAUACAAAUUGCUUGUUAAGCAAGUGAAAGAAUGCAAGGAAGUGUUACAAUCGGGAACCGCAGUGGAUUUAUUUGAUGCGACGACUGGGCUAUCGUCUGCUGGUUUGCCUCUUCCUGUUGAACCGGAACUCAGUGGUUUAGAAUUUCGUCCCUGUGCAUCUCCUACUAAACAGCUCAGGAAGGCGUUGGGGUCAUUGUAUAAGCAACGUACUGAGCCUCAUUCUGAUGAUAUCGAUUACACCUGA